AUGGAUAUCGUCCUUGAAAUCGCAGACACUUUCCUUUUGGAUAAAGCCUAUGCCCGGGCCUUCCCGAAAGACGGAGCCGUGGCCCAAUUCUUCCUGGAAAAGUUCCAGGCGCCAGUCUUGAACAACUCGGCCAUCACCACCUCGUGGAACUUGCCGCCGCCCGUGGCCUACUUGACCAAAAUCGUCAGCAACUACCAGAGAAAAGAUGAAAUCUACGGCCAGGUGCCUCCCAUCUACUUGCCGCUUACCGAAUACACCGACAUGUCUUUCCUUUCGAGAAGCAAUGUGUUCAGAGAGUUCCUCUCGCUUUUUGUCAUCACCACCGUCUUCGGCUGGCUCUUGUAUCUUCUCGUGGCGUCUGCGGCCUACGUUUUCGUUUUCGACAAGAAGAUCUUCAACCAUCCCAGAUACUUGAAGAACCAGGUUUCCUUGGAGCUCUGGCAGGCCAUGACCGCUAUCCCCGUCAUGGUGACGCUCACCAUCCCGUUCUUCCUCUUGGAGUUGCACGGCUUCUCCAAGUUGUAUCUCUACGUUACCGAAGAGACCGGUGGAUGGAAAAUGUUCUGGUUGCAGUUCCCCAUGUUCAUUUUCUUCACCGACUGCGGCAUCUACUUCCUCCACCGCUGGUUGCACUGGCCCUCCGUGUACAAGCGCUUGCAUAAACCUCACCACAAGUGGAUUGUUUGCACUCCAUUUGCUUCCCACGCUUUCCAUCCUGUGGACGGCUUCACGCAAUCUUUGCCAUACCACUUGUAUCCUAUGCUCUUACCUUUGAACAAGGUGUCGUACUUGUUGUUGUUCACCUUUGUCAACUUCUGGACUGUCAUGAUCCACGACGGAUACUAUGUUUCCAAUGACCCUGUGGUGAACGGUACUGCUUGCCACACUGUUCACCACUUGUACUUCAACUACAACUACGGUCAAUUUACCACCUUGUGGGACAGAUUGGGCAACUCUUACAGAAGACCAGAGGACACUUUGUUUGUGAGAAACACCACCAAGAAGGAUGACGAAAAGGUCUGGGUGGACCAAACACAGAAGAUGGAGGUGAUCCGUGGUGAACUUGAAGGUAAAAACGAUGACAGAGUUUACGCAAAGCCGUGA